AGUUAAAACAUUUCUUCAGUAAUUGUUUGGUUUUUCUUCUAUAUUAGUACAAAAAAAAUAGUGGAAAAAAUUAUGAGUGAAACGUCUGAUGGAGAAUGUUAGAAGUUUCUAGUGGCGCGUGAAGUAUUUUCUAGGUAUUUUCCAACACCGCGAAUAGUCGCUUCUCUCACGAAACGAAGGCUUAUAUAUUGAAGCGAUGCUGAUCACUUUCAGUUCAGUUCAAAGAAGAUAGUCACAACGAACAGUGCUUCCACAGAAAUUUACUUUUAUGGCUCAAAAUUACUAAAUUUAAACAGUCUGGCAUUGAGUGAUACUGUUUUUUUGUGGACUCUACAUCGCUAUUUUUGAAAUAAGAAAUUUACGCGGAAAAAAUUUGCAAAAAAAAAACAAUAAACAAUUAAGUGGAAUAUAUCGAUUUUCUGAUAAGAAUCGUAUUUGGUGAUCUGAACAAUCUCUCGGAUAUACAGGUUAAUUUUUUCUCUGCAUAAAUCAACAUAAAUUGAAGUUGAAGUGAAUCCAACAUGAAGUUGAUUACAUCAAUAUUUUUAAUCGUAUCUGUGACGAUACUAUGUGUAUCUGCUCUACCAGCUCGUUACGAUCCAGAUGAUGAUGCUGAAGUGGUUGUUGUUCCUCUUGAGAAACAAGAUCCAGCAUCCCGAGGCGAACAAGAUCCCGAUUUUGAUAAUUUCGAUGGGGUAGUUGAAGGUGAAAUUCCUGGUGGAUUCUUCACCAUUUUCCGUCGUCCAUUCAGUUUUGACUUUGGCAACUUCUUCAGCGACUUUGAAGAAACACUCAGGCGAAUGAGGGAGCAUAUUGCGAAUUCUUGGGCAAAUACACCAUCCUUCGAUGGUGUUGACGUUGAGGAAUUGGAUCCUUCCAAGGGCAAUACCACUUCUACUGUUCAGAUCAUUGAUGGUCACAAAGUGAUUACAAAUGAGACAACUUAUGUGAAGAAAACCGAUUUUGGUACAUCAAUCUUCAAGCACAGGACCGUUGAUGUCAAGCCUCUUGACGAGGAAGGAACUGAAGGUGAGGUUACAAUUAAUCCUAAGGCAGAGUCUACCACAAAAAGGGAUACCGAGAUCGAAAAGGAUCCUGAAUCUUCCGAAGUAGAUGCCACGGCGAAUGAAGUUGCAGGAGGAUACGAUGAGAACAAUGAAAUGCACGAUCUAGUGAAUCCUCAGAUUCCCCAAAGAGCACAUUACGAGAAUUUUGGAUCACAUGAACUAGUAUCGCAAUUAGCACCGUCAUCCCCAUCUGCACAAUUGUCCACAUCCCAUAAAUCACACCAAAUUCAAUCAUGGAUGGAUUUCGAUUCUCAAGAUUAUCCAAAUUAUUUCUCAAAGUUCAAUAGAAAUGAAAUUGAGAAGGAAUUUGUUGAGGCUGAACCAAUUGAUCUCUCAGAUGAUAUAGCUAUUAAUGAAAUGCUAGCUGAUCAAGGAGUUGCUGCCUCUGAUACGGAUGUCGAAGUCUUCACAGUUGACAAUGUUGAUACACGAAGUCAUCAAAGAAAGUACCACUAUUCGGAAUAUAAUCCCAUCAAGUAGUGCUAAAAGACUUCAUUAGCACAAAUUUAAUGUUAAUCAUUCAACCAAAGACUAUCAUUGCGAAGAAUGUUAAAGAGUUAGAAGGCUUGUUAAAUACUAUCUCUCUUAUUUUUUUGUUUUAAACAAAUCAUAUUUAUGAAAUUUACUUUAUAUUUUUACUAUGAUUGAUAUUAAUUUAUUUAUUAAUUUUACUCUAAGCUGACAUCUUUUAUUUAAAUUUUAUUCAUGCAACUGAAUCAAAAAGACUUUCUUUUCAAACUAUAGUUUGUAAUAUUUUUUAUCAAAUAGAAAUUCAAUCAAUAAAUUAAUAAAAACAAUUAAAA